AUGUGCCGAAACGGCCGGUGCGUGGUGUGGUUCGUGCUGGCGGUGGCCCUGGCCCUGCUACGGACCCGGUGCAACGCCCUGGAACAGGCGAGGGCGAGCGGACGAAAGCUACAGGGCGGUGUCACGGCCAUGGACUACAACCAUCUGUUCGGCCGGGGUUCCGGGACCGUCGCCGAUGACCUGGCCGGAGCUGGGGAAAGCGUAAAAUUCAGUGCCAGCAAACAGCACGUGCUCGAUCUGCAUCACUCGUUGCGGAAGGUUGUCGACGCUACCAGCUACUCCGGUAAUUGGCGGCCCCGGAAACCGCUGCCCAAGCCGCUGUCGGCCAGCAGCCGGAGCCGCAUCAACAAUCGGUCAAUGACUCGGUUCUCGGAGGUCGAGAUUCCAGCCGGAAUGCAGCAGAUCGACGCUCCGCCACCGCCGCCGCUGCCGCCCCAGCCUCAGAAGCGGAUGACCAACGUUACGGGGCUGGCGGAGCUUUUCCGGAGUGCCGAAAAAUCUCGUGGUAUCGAGAACUUUUUCUGGAAGUACUUCGUCGACAGCGACGUCUCCGCCUCCAUCGACGACGACGACGAAGACGACGGCACGACGGAUGUGUUGGAUUCGGAAGGCAACAUGCUGUACGAGGACGGAGGGCUGGACCUUAGCGCCGAGGCGCGGAAAAAGAAGUUUAAGAUCAAGAAGAAGUACAAAAAGUUUCUGAUCCCAUUGUUGCUGGCGUACAAAAUAAAGUUCCUAGCGCUGGUGCCGGCGAUCAUCGGCGGUCUGAUACUGCUGGUGAAGUCGGCUGGUCUGGCUGGCUUUUUCUUUGCGCUCUUCACCGCCGUCGUCAGCCUCAAGAAGUAUUAA